AUGGAACUCUUCUACUUCUUAACCAAAGAAGCCGAAAGCCCAGUAAUUAGGCUCUUAGAUUCCGGUAACCUUGUUCUUCAAGAAACUGUCACAAACGGUUCUGGAAGUCAUCUGUGGGAGAGCUUUGAUUACCCAAGCAAAACAUGGUUGCCUGGCAUGAAAAUUGGAGGUGGGUUAAAAAAUAGAUACUUGGUUUCAUGGAAGAACUUGGAUGAUCCAUCUUCUGGGGAAUGGACUUUAGUUUUGAAGAAAGAAUUUCUAGAUGAUGGUCUAACUUACAGUUAUGAACCAAAAAGCAACUCAUUAUUUACUGCGAGAAUAGAACUGGAUCACUCAGGCUUUCUCCAUUUAUACGUGUUGAGAGAUGGAACCACAGAAUGGUCCAAGAUGUACACAAUACCAGAUGACCAAUGUGACAGUUACGGGAAGUGUGGAGCUAAUGCCGUUUGCAGAGUUUACAGAGCACCAAUAUGCGAAUGUCUGAAUGGGUUCAUACCGAAAUCAUAA